GGCCGUUGUCAUUUCUUUUCUCCGGAGUGCAAUCGCUGCGACGUUCAGUGAGGCGAUUUUUUUUCCCUGCGCUCUCUCUCCCUCUCUCUCCAAGAUGUGGGAGGCACUCGAGAGGUUUAUUCUCAUCCUUGGCCUAUAUUGGACAUGCGUGUCAGCCAACCAGUGUGCUCCCGGGUGGCGCGGGUACGGCACCAGCUGCUACAAGAAGAUGGAAGUCCCCAACGGUUGGCUGGGUGCCUGGCACCACUGCGUCUCUGAGGGCGGCAACCUGGUCUCGAUCACCUCCUCGGCCGAGGAAAGGUUUGUGAAGACGACCAUGGCCAAGUACAACCACUUCUGGCUGGGACUCUCCAACCAGAAAUGUGACACGGUCUGGUGUCGCUUUGAAGGCGGGAGCCAGAAGCUGACCUGGUCCGAUGGCCAGUCAACAACACACCGCAACUGGGCCUCAAAUCAACUCGAAAGCGCCGACGUCGCGUCCUGCGCCUACGUCGCCCAAAAGGUUCGGGAUUAUUCCGGGAAGUGGAGGUCUGGCUCCUGCGCUUCCUCCUUCGCCUACAUGUGCAAACGGCCGCUGGACUGCCCGACGUGUUCCUCCAAAAGUGGUCCUGCUAUGGUGAAGACUUCUGACUGCGACGAUGGCAACAUCCUUUAUGGCGAUCAUUGCUAUUUUCAUGGCCCGACUCAUGAAACUCAAGAGGAUGCUGAGGAGUUCUGUCUCGCCCGGGGAGCCCACCUCCCUCGCGUCCACUCUAAGCGAGAUGCCCAAUUCCUGGAAGAUUACUUUCAAAAAGGUCUAUUUCCUUGGGUGGGACUCAAGAAGAAGGGCAACAACUACAAGUGGAGUGACGGAACAGUUUUGGACUACGAAGAUCUCGAUGACAGACGCUACUCCGGUGGUGACUGUGCAUCAAUAUUCGAUGCACAGAUCUACCUGAACGCCCGAUGCUCCUGGAAGCAGUCAGUUAUCUGCCAAACAGCCAAGCGCGGCGGAGGGCGUCCACCAUUGGUGGGCCAACCUGACUGGACUGACAAAUGCGGCUGGUGGCUGGAUGACCCCUCCAGCGACUUCUGCUACGUGAUCAUCCCACAGCCCACCAAGACCUGGCAGGAGGCGCAAGACCACUGCCAAGCCCACCAAGGGAACCUGCUCAGCAUCGCCGACUCGCAAGAGCAGAGCUUUGUGCACGGUUUCGUCAAGAGUCAGGGACAAGCAUCCUCUCUGUGGUUGGGCGCCGAUGUCUCACUCGAUGAUGAUGACGGCAAAUGGAUUGACGGAUCCUCGUUCACGUUCAAGCGCCAUUGGGAAGGUGACGCCAAAGGAAAUUGUCUUUCCUUGCUCACUGGCAGCGGCGACUGGAAGUACGACCCGUGCGGCAACAAGAGAGGCUACGUCUGCAAGAAAAGAGGAAAAGGAUUGACAGCGCCGACUCUUGACGUUGUGCCCUCAGACAGCAAGUGUGAUCCCGGGUGGACCGAGCGCGACUCCAGCUGCUACAAGAAGAUGGAAGUCCCCAACGGUUGGCUGGGGGCCUGGCACCACUGCGUCUGGCUGGGCGGCGACCUGGUCUCGAUCACCUCCUCGGCCGAGGAAGACUUUGUGAAGACGACCAUGGACAAGGACACCCCCUUCUGGCUGGGACUCUCCAACCAGAAAUGCGACGACUCCUGGUGUCGCUUUGAAGGCGGGACCCAGAAGCUGACCUGGUCCGAUGGCCAGACAACAACACACCGCAACUGGGCCCCAAAUCAUCUCGAAAGCGCCGCCGUUGCGUCCUGCGCCUACGUCAACCAAGGGGGAAUUGGUGAGCCCGGCAAGUGGAGGUCUGGCUCCUGUCAUUCCUCGUUGGCCUACAUGUGCAAACGGCCGCAGAGCUGCCCAGAGGGACAGACGUGUUCCCCCAAACGUGGUCCUGCUGUCGUGAAGACUGCCUACUGCGACGACAACUCCUUCCACUAUGACGAUUAUUGUUACCGUUACGAGAAGACGCAUGAAAAUUAUGACAAUGCCGAGAAGUUCUGUCAAGUCCGGGGAGGCCACCUGGCUAGCGUCCACUCUAAGCAAGAGGCCCAAUUUGUGUAUGAUCACUCGCAGACCUCACAAUCUGCUUUGGUGGGACUCAAGAAAACGACGGGCGACGACUACGAGUGGAGUGACGGAACAACCUUUGAGUACAAACGGUGGGAAAAAGACACCACGGGGGACUGUGCGUUCCCAAAUUCUGUUGGGGAGUUGAGUGGCUGUGAGUGCUCAACGACGCGGCCAUUCUUCUGCAAAACAGCCAAGCGCGGAGGGACUCGACGGCUGGCAUCAUCAGUCAGCCUAGUCAGCUGGACUUACAAAUGCGGCUGGUGGCUGGACAACCCCACCAACGACUUCUGCUACCUGAUGAUCAGCCAGCCCACCAAGACCUGGCAGAAGGCGCAAGACGACUGCAAACUCCUCGAAGGGGACCUGCUCAGCAUCACCGACACCGAUGAGCAGGGCUUCAUAAAGGGUAUCGCCAAGGUUCUGAUGGGCGAUGACGCCUCCCUGUGGUUGGGCGCCAACGGAGGCAUCGAGGGUGACGGCGGCAAGUGGGCUGACGGAUCCCCCUUCUCUUACCUCCACUCGAGUGAAGGUGACCCCAAAGAGGGGAAAUGUCUUUCCUUGCUCACCGGCAGCAGUGACUGGAAGCGUGACAAGUGCGACAACAUGAAAGGCUACGUCUGCAAGAAAAGAGGAAAAGGAAAGACAGCAAAACCCCAGCUGCUGCUACAUGAUGGCUACAAGGAGGAAUUUAUUUGCCAAGACGAUUUGAGAGUCCUUCGUUGUUCCGAUGAAAGCGUCAUCCGCGUACAGUCGGCUUUCCUCGGCCGGAGGCGUACCAACGUCUGUCUGACUGACGGCGCCGGAUCACACGAUCGCUGCAGGAUGAAAGGGGCUCUCUCUCACUUUAGAGCCAUGUGUGACAAACAUCAGCAUUGCCCCAUUCAACCUACGCUUCCGGACCCCUGCCCUAGUGUCUCCAAAUACCACCACAUCGUCUACAGCUGUGUGCAGAAAGUGUGUCUUGACAGUCUGGGCAUCGCUGACGGGACAAUCCCAGACUCCUCCUUCACAGCCUCUUCCGCUGAGAUCAAUGGCGAACCUCACAAAGCGCGUCUGGGGGGCAGCGGUUGCUGGACACCGUCCAAAAUACGCGGCAGCUGGAUCCAGGUGAACCUCGGUCAGACCUACAAGGUGACGGGCAUUGUGACCCAGAGGUGUAUGAACCAAGAGUAUUCGUCCAGCAUAUUUGAGUUGCAGUUAAGUAUUGACGGAGAGACUUGGUAUCGCCACCCAGAGCAGCCUGUUGUGGGGAGGCACAUGCUAACCAGGUUCGUGUUCGCCAAGUACGUCCGCCUCCUGCCAAGAUUUUAUGGCCUUCGCUUUGACAUCUUAGGGUGCAUGCCUGACGACACCUUUCGCGACAUCUUAUGCAACAGCACAGCCACCAGCCUCGGCCUCGACGGUUCAAUGACGGUCCGGUGCGCGCAGGGCUGCGCCCGAGCCUACACAGUCUACGGAACACAGAUCUACAAACAAGAGUCAAACAUCUGCGCGGCUGCCAUUCACUCGGGCGUCAUUGAGAACGCGAUCGGAGGAAUUGUGACUUUGGUAAAGAAAGAGCCACAGGAGGCCUACAGCAGCUCCGCCAGGAACGGGAUCACCUCGAGGGAUGGUGACGGUUUGGCUCGGUCUCCGUCUUACACUUUUCUUGACCAGGAGCCGAGAUGCUUGGGACCUGAAUGGGAGGAGUUUGCGGACUUUUGCUACAAACGUUUUGAUGAGAGAAAGACGUGGUACGACGCUCGAGAAUCCUGCUCCUGUCUGAAGGCCAAGCUGGUGUCCAUUCGCUCCAAGGUUGAGCGGGAUUGGCUGCAAGACCUCCUGACGUCAGCCCCCGGCGACACGUGGAUCGGAUUGAACGCCCCGGUGGUCUCCGGCGAAUUUGCGUGGUCGGACCACCAGAAGGUGACCUUCACCAACUGGGCUCCGGAAGAACCUGGCGAGGGGUUGGAGAAUUGCGUGGCCGCCUUGAGCCAGGUGGGUGGCAAAUGGAAGAUGAAGUCGUGCGCGGAACUCAACGGCUACAUGUGUAAGAUGCCCACGAAGCGUUAUGAGCUGGAUAAAGGCGCCAAUGCAAGCUGCGAGUAAUCAUAUGAAUGCAAUUGACCUUGCAUGAUCGUUCUGUUUGAUUUACCGUGCAUUUUGAUUGACUGACUGCUGGAUUGAUUUACCAUGCAUUAUGAUUCUGUUUACUUCUUCCUCUUCAUGACUUAACAUGUGAAAUGACGAUUUACCAUGCAUUAUUAUUCCUUUGUCCAUUUACCAUGUUAUUAUUCUCUUAGAUUUACCGUGCAUUUUCAUCAUUUAUUUCUUAUAUUUCAUUUUACUUAUUGUUAAAUUUACCAUGCAUCAUGAUUAUGCCAUCUGAUGAUUUACCUUGCAUUAUUAUUCCUUUGUCCAAUUUACCAUGUUGUUAUUCUCUUAGAUUUACCGUGCAUUUUCAUCAUUGAUUUCUUAUAUUUCAAUUACUUAUUGUUAAAUUUACCAUACAUUAUUAUUACGCCAUCUGAUGAUUUACCAUGCAUUAUUACUUUGUCCAAUUUACCAUGUUGUUAUUCUUUUAGAUUUACCGAGUAUUUUCAUCAUUGAUUUCUUAUAUUUCAUUUACUUAUUGUUAAAUUUACCAUGCAUUAUUAUACCAUCUGUUGUUUUACCUUGUUUAAUUGACCAAAAAAAUAAUAAUUACCAAGCGUUAUGAUUCUGUUGACUUCUUCUUGACUUAACAUGUGAUAUGGUGAUUUACCAUGCAUUAUUAUUCCUUUGUCCAAUUUACCAUGUUAUUAUUCUCUUAGAUUUACCGGGCAUUUUCAUCAUUGAUUUCUUAUAUUUCAUUUACUUAUUGUUAAAUUUACCAUGCAUUAUUAUACCAUCUGUUGUUUUACCUUGUUUAAUUGACCAAAAAAAUAAUAAAAU